GGGACAGCAGUCGCCCACCAGCCCCGCUGUGAGUGGCGGCGAGGACGGGGCUCCCUCCCUUCCUCCGGUCGCUCUCGCUGGGCAGGAGUCGCCGCCUGAGAAGGGAGAGCUGGGUGAGCCGACUCGCCGCCGGGAUGGGCUGAGCGAGGGACAGCGGGGAGGCGAGGCUGUUGGUGGUGCAAUGCAACACCGCGGGGCAGCCUGCAGGGCUCGGCGGACGGGAAGGCACGAGCCGGGCUGCGCCGGGCGAUGAACGCGGGGCUGGAGGGAGGCAGCGGCUCGGCUUCGGCCUUCGCCUUCCUUCGCUUUGCCUUCUGCAGCAGGUGGAGCCGUCAGGCGCGGCUCUGGUGAUGAGCGCAGUGGCCGAACCGCCAAGAGCAGCGGAUCCCCGGGGGUGCUGUCUUCAGCUGUUCUCCGAGACAGGACCUUGACCUUCCUGCUGAGUCUUACCAUGUGGUUUCAAGAUGCCUCGGUGCCCCGUCGAAGUCUGGCGCCCGGCUUGGGGGGUUCUGCUUUGCUGCUGCUGCUGCUGCUGCUGCUGAGUUUGGGCAUUGCCCGCAGAGGUGGGUUGGCGCUGAGCUGCCCCAAGGACUGUAUGUGUGCCAGCAACAUCAUCAGCUGCUCUAAUGCUGACUUGAAGCUCUUGCCCUUGCAUUUGCCUCCCUAUGUGGCUGUCUUGGACUUGAGCCACAAUAACCUGACGCAAGUGAAAGCCGAGUGGGCUCCUUCCCAGCUCCCUCAUCUCCACUCUCUGCUCCUCAACCACAAUCGCCUGUCCUUCAUCUCCGUGGAGGCAUUCAACAACCUUCCUCAUCUGAAGUACUUGGACCUCUCCUCUAAUUCUAUUGCUUCUCUAGGGGAGAACCUCUUCAGUAAGCUGAAGGAGCUGGAGGUGCUGCUUCUCUACAACAACAAGAUUUCCAAGAUCGACCACACUGCGUUUGAGGAGAUGGCCAGUCUCCAGAAAUUAUAUCUGAGCCAUAAUGUGAUCUCUCGUUUCCCCCUCGAGCUGAUAAAAAAGGAUGGAGCUUUGCUUCCAGAGCUUGCGUUGCUGGACCUCUCUGGCAACAAAAUCAAGAACUUUCCUGUGGAUGAUGUGAAAGACCUCCCAGCCUGGGUGAAAAAUGGACUUUAUGUGCACAGAAACCCCCUCAUGUGCAGCUGUAAUCUCUACAGUCUCUUCAGUCACUGGCAGAAAAGGCAGCUGAGCUCAGCUGUGGACUUUGAGGAGGAGCUCAGAUGUGAUAAAGAUCUGAGUAGGAAAGGGAUCAAAAUCUUAAGCCUCAGCAACCCAGAAAUUAUGAACUGCACUGAAGUCAAAGAGCAGUUGUUUAUAGCCUACCGUGGGGAAAAUGUGACUAUCAAUUGUGACACCAGGCAGCGAGGGGUCACCAUCAGAGAAUGGGUGACACCCAGAUUUGAGCGUGUCCCUCAGGAGAAUAACAAUAGCUCCAUGCUCGUGCUGACCAAUGGAAGCCUACAGAUAAGCAACAUUGGUGUGGAGGACAUGGGCCCAUAUACCUGCUAUGCGGUAAGCCAGGUGUUCAAUGAGACCCUCUAUGUGCAUGUGACCGUCCAUAACUUCACCCAGCAUGGAGCCUCUGACACACUCAACACAGCCUACACCACCCUUGUAGGCUGCAUCUUGAGCGUCAUCCUUGUGCUCAUCUACCUUUACCUGACCCCGUGCCGUUGCUGGUGCCGCAGCAAUGAGAAACAGGCCAACCAACAGGAGGACAGCAUCAAUUCCUCAAUGCUCAGCACCACUCCUAACCACAAUGUUGAGGUGGCCAGAGGCAAGGAAGGAUUAAAUCGCCACACGAUGUCAAGUAAUGCACAAGGCCAGAAUGGCAAAUGCAAGUCCAACAGCUCCCCCAAACAGGUUGCUAAAGGGGCCAAGAAGGAAGAGAGGAAAAUGUCGGAUCCAGACUCUGUCAGCUCAGUCUUCUCAGAUACUCCCAUUGUGGGAAUUUCACAGAGUGAGGGAGGAAGAGGUUGUAGUAGAGAUAAGGCAGGAGCUGAAUUAGUGGGAUUGCUGUGAUCAUUCUGACUGUGGAAGAGAAGAUAAAAAUACCCUGAUCUGCUACUGGCUUCCAAUUUGCCACUAUGUGUAAAAGCAUUGUGUCUUUUUUUAAAUCUUCCCUACUUUCAAGCCCACAAUCCAUUGUUGGAAAGCUAGUGUCCCAAUUUGCACUUGAUGUACCGCAGUACCUGAGCCCUCCAGUUUUGGAAUGACAGUAUUUUUUCAGCGUUCCAUCACUGGAACUUAGCAAGCAUCCUACUGAGAAAAGCAGUAGGCAGAAAUGGUCAAGCGUGCUACCUAGGUUUUCUGUUUACUGUUACUGCAUUUGCAGACUGCCUUCAUGAGACUAUCCUCUCAAACACCUGUGUAGGUAUCAGUUCCAGAAGAGCAACCCUGUUGCAGCAGAAAUGACAAAGUCCCAUGGCACCUUAAAGACUAACAAUAUUUUUGUGGCAUAAGCUUUCAUUGAUGACAGUCUAUAUCAUCAGCUGCAUGGCGGCCUAGAAACAACAUUUUCAGCUGUUCUUCAUAAUCAAACCAUAUUUACCUCCCCAAGAGCUCCACCACAGAAAUCCUAGCCAGCUCUACUUAAGUGUCACAGCAAUUUGAAAAGAUGUUACUUUUAUUUAAAUAGCUUGAUUUUUUAAAAAAAUUAUUGCUACAGAAACAGUUUUUACAGAAAAUGAAGGUUCCCAUCACACCAGGAGUCUCAGGACAUAAUUCAGAGAAUUCUCUAGCAAGCAGGCCUACCUGGUUUUGGUAUCUUCUACCACUUUUUGGGACUGUGAAAUAAAUUUAAAAUUCAGAAAUGUGUCAGAGAAGGGGGUAGUUCUCUCUUCACUGCAGAAUGUCUCUAAAAUGGUCUGGAGUUAACCCGCUAAUGACAUCAGACUGCAAGAAGGAAUCAACAGUCUCAGGAACUGAUGACAACUCACAGAUGAACAUCUUUAUAUGAAAAAUUAGUCAAGAUUUGGAGAUGCAUGCUGCAGAUUUGCACCAGUCAAAGAUGUGUCUGACCUGCAUGAUUUGUGGCGCACAUCAACCCUGAAUUUGUCUGUUCUGCGUAUGGUGCCAAGUCCAGUGCCAAAAGAGUAGAGAAAGUCAGACUUCAUGAAGCGGUUCUGAUCUUCAAAGAAACCAUUAGGUAGGCCUGCUUCCCAUUCCAGAUGCACAGGUAUUGUGAGUGUAUAGUGCUAUUUCAAGCAGUACAAUCCUGGUUUAUUCAAGCAGUACAAUUUGAAGACGAAUUAUAGCCUUCUAAGCCCAUUUACUUUACUCGACCUAAGAAGAGGAUAACUCAGUUUAAGACUGCACUGCUAGAGAGGAAAAUGGAGCAGGAACCCAAAACCCAGACAGAAUUUGGAAGGAGACAGUCAUUGGUAAACUAUUGAAUAUUCCCUCCAAAGGAAAACUUCAAAGAAAGGGCAGAGAAAAUUCUGUCUUAUGUAUUUACGUAUUGUGUAUGUAGAUGAGAGAAAGACAGGCAUUUUGCUCCCAUACAGCAGAGCAAAGGAAGUUCCUCCAGCAACAUAAAGAAAGCUUCAUAGGUGCUUAUAGUCUAGCAUGGCCUCAUCUCCCACUCGCCAUUCUGUGGUUUGCAGGUCCAGCAAAACUUUAACCUGCCGAGGAUGCAUCUGUGCUUAUCUAUUUCAGGCAGAGACGACAAUCCCAAAGAGCAUCUGGGCUGCAUUUCUCUUGUCAGGUAGUCUGUACUCUCCAGCAUAGACAUAGUUGACAAUAAAAUGUGUUUUAAACAA